UGCGCAGAGCAGUUAUAAUAAAGCUUGAGGGUGAUUUCUUUUCUCAGUUUCUCAUAUAUUAACGUAUUUACGGUGAAUGCUGAUGUGUAGAAUAUGUAGUUUAUGUGUGCUUUGCUUCAACGAGGCGCAAAGCCGUUAGCAUGUGCUAAACAUUUCAUUGUAGAGUGAAACAAAAGGCAACGGAGGUAGCUUAGGUUAGCUUUUAAUUGGAUAAUAUAAGUCGGGAUUUCACUUCGCUUUUUGCUUUGGUUUCAUCGGUUUUAAUAAUAUAAACGAAAUUCAUUUUUUUAACGAAUAAUAUUGCGGGUUGAUAGCUUAUUUGAAUCCAACAGCAUCUGAGACAUUUUUGAAUGGGCUCAUUUCACGCGAUAUUUUAGUUGUGUCGCGUUAUUUACCCUGUUUUCUCCAGUGUUUUCCUCAAUAAUAAUAAUAAUAACAAUACUGUAUCAUUCUGUGUCUUUUUAAACUAUUUUAGGCGCUCUGCGUUAAGACAACUCCCCGUUUUAUCAGGAAAAAAACCCUGUGUCAUCAAUGCAAAUGGACUCACAAGCGAACUCUGGACCGGUAGUGUGUGAGGUCUGUGGGGCCUACUUUGAGACACGACGCGGCCUUUCAAGCCACGCCCGCCUCCAUCUGCGUCAGCUCGGAGUGACAGUGUCAGAAAACAGCGGGGCGCCCAUAGAGCUGCUCUACCAGCUCAUUCAGGAGAAAGACGUCUCCCUUCCAAAGCUCACACCAGAUACUGCUGCAUCUCCUCCGCCGCCUCCUAAGAAAACAUCCCAGCAAGAGCCAAAGACUCCUGCAAAGCAGGAGGACGCACAAACGCCCUCCAAGACAGCGACAAAGGUCACGGCAGCUCAGGGAUCCCCACCCAAGCUGAAAGAAGCAGGGGCGUCUUUCUUCCCUUCCUCUCCUUCUUCUUCAAGACCGACUGAGGGCAGCAGCUCAUCGUCAGACCAAAAAACAAUUACCAAGCCGCUGUGGGCGCCGCUGGAAACAGAUGCUCCUAUUACUUUAGCUUCAGAAACGAACGAUGAGAUCCACGUCUGCCAGCUUUGCGGCUGCUGGUAUGAGACGCGUAAGGGCCUCUCCAGUCACGCUCGUGCUCAUCUCCGACAGAUCGGUAUCCGUGAGAGCGACAUCCAGGGGAGCCCAAUUGAGUUUCUCUAUCAGAUCAUGAAGGAGCAGGACUUUGAGCCAAUCAGCAAGUUGCGUCAGCAGGAGCUGAAAUCGGGUAGUCUCUCCAGUCCGUCCUCUAAACGUCCCUCUGAUUUCACCUCCCCUCCCGCGUCCCCUGCCAGCAAGCGGCCUAAAACAGCAGCGGACUGCACCUGCGUUCUCUGCGGGGAAACGUUUGAGAACAGAAAAGGCCUGGGCAGUCACGCACGCUCCCAUCUCAGACACAUGGGAGUGAGCGACUUGGUGGGGAAGAGCUCUGCAAUUGACACUGUGCAGGAGCUGGUCAGCAGCGGCGUUCUGGAACCGAUGCAUCUUCCAAAAACAGCCAGCUCCUCAGCAGCGCCGUCCCCAGCGCCGCCCUCUCCUGCAGCACCUGCUCCAUCUGCAGCUGCCAGCCAUCCCAGGACCUCUUUGCCACCCACAGGUCCCUCUCCCAGCCCUUCCACCAGCUCUCACUCCCCUCAGCCUCCAUUAAACAGGGCGCCGAAAGCUAAGAAGGGAUUCCGACUAGCUGUGGACCCGCUUCUUAGAAAACCAAAGCCUGAGCCUCUGGAGACGGAGAUUUCUGUUCCACCAAAGCCAUCCAACACCGACAGCACCUCUGUCAUCCAGAAGUCUCCUUCAGCUGCUGUUUCCAAACAGCCUCCUGACUCAGGCGAAGACCUGCGCCCUCCACCCACAGUCCUCUGUGACUUCUGUGGGCAGCUGUUCGACACCCGGAAGGCGCUCUCAUGCCACGUUCGUGCUCAUCUCCGCCAGCUCGGCCUCAACUGGUCCAUCAGGACAUCCCCAAUCGACCUUCUGAAAGAAGUCAUGCUGCGGCGCGAAGAAAGGAAAGAGUCAGUCCAGAGCGGGUCAUCAGCGGCGGGCAAGGCGUCGUGGGGUCUGCAAAGCUCCAAAAAGCCCCACAGGGAGAGUUUGUCAUUCAAAGAAGGAGCGUCCAACUCUUCAGCCAUGCCUGUCGAUUAUUCUAUGAAAGACAAAUCUCCACAUGGGAAACCUGCCGCUGCUAAUCUUGACACCACCUGUGAGCUCUGUGGAUUCGACUUUGAGAACCGCAAGGCGCUGGCCAGCCAUUGCCGGGCCCACCUCAGACAGCUGGGCCUGUACGAAUGGAAGGCGGAUGGCGCCACUUCACCGAUCGAAACCCUCAGUGAGCUGAUCCGAAAAGACCCAAACAAGGUGGCCCAAAUAACCAAACGCUACCGCUAUGGAGACCUUUACAUCAAAAAGUCCCAGAGAUCUGCUUCUUUGCCGUCAACAAAUUCGGACGCUGUGCAGAGCAGCACCCCUACGGCAUCUCUGCACCAUCAUGAGCACAAAGCAAGCAGGAAGGACCACAGCAACCACAUUGUCCGGACAGCCAGGGGGGUUCAUGCCCCACAACAUGGAGUGACUUCAGCAGAGGAAAAUCGCCACUCGCACUCUCGGCAGCCGUCACGGUCCGGCAGCAUCCCAGCUCUGCUACCAAAGCCUCCCCUGACCCCACUGGUCAAACUGGUUGGUAAAAUCUACUCCCUCAAAUGCAGAUUCUGUGAAGAAGUGUUUCAUGGACCCCUGUCUGUUCAAGAGGAGUGGAUCACCCACCUGCAGAAACACAUCCUGUCUCUGGGCUACAAGGGAAAAGAGGCUCCUCCUCUUCCUCAGCCUGCUGCAUCUGCUCCUCAUGCUGCUGCACUUGUCCAUCCAGUGGCCGUGUAGGCUAAUAAAUGCUCUCUAAAAAUGUUGUGAGUUUCCCGUUUCAAUCUAACCUUGUAGCAGUCAGAUUGUUAUGUGUAUAACUACAUUAUUUGAUUGUUUCCAGCUUGCAGGGCAAGGUUAGUUUUAAUCUCCCAAAAGAAAAACAAUGUCUUUGUCAAUAAAAUGUCCACAGCGGGGCAGGCAUGAGCAAUGUGAGAGAGGCAGCUCAGCCUUAUCUACUCAGGUAAAAUCCAGUUUUUGUACAGGUUCUGACCACUUCCUCCUCCCCCCCAUAAAAUGUGUCAAUCCCUUUUUUUAUUUGAGCAAAUGAAAUUUCGUGUUCUGUAUAUUUUCUAGUUUCUGGUCAAAAUCAAAUUUAUACAUUUUUUUUUUCCCCAAAAGAAAUUAAAUGAAAUUGUUCAGAUCAUUAUUAGGUGCAAGUAAAAAAUUCUUUUUUUUCUUUUUUUUUUUUUUCUUUUUUGGAAGAGGAACAUGUGAUGGCUUUGAAAAAUAACCCAAAACAUUUUCUUAGUAAAACAACAGUCCACCUCUUGGGUACAUUAGAGUAUAUUUUUAAGGUUUAACAGCAAAUCAUCCAGCUUUGUCAAGGUGUUGAUUUUUAUACAAUGUAAAUGCCUUGUAUAUUUCUUUUUAAAUUGAUGAUAUGUGUAAAAGAAGUAAUAUUAUGUCACAAGUUUAUUAUAGUUUUUACCAGCUUGGGUUAUUUCCAAACUCCAUGGGAUGUACAGGAUUUCAACAUUAACUUAUCCUGAGGCUUCAUUGUUAGGUUAUUAGCUGUCCUUUUCUACUGAGAUAUUUUUAAAUGGCUGUUAACAUUAGUCACGCUUAGAUUGGACAUAUCCUGGGUGUUUUCUAUUGAGUCUAUUUACCUGUAAAUAAAAUCAUGUCUACAUUCUUUC